ACAGUUGCCGCGCACAGACAGCGAUAGCGAUAGCGACAGUGACUGGAGCAGCAUUGAAGAGAAGCUGGACAGCAGCAGCAGUAGCAGCAGGCAACAGUGGGCCGCCCCCGUACAUUGUUGAACAUAAUCCAGUAAUUAGGACACACACUUACACUCACACUACACACAGAGAAACCCACACAUAGUGCGAUUCGUUGGUUGGUUGAGUUGUCAAGUGCGAAGUAGUGGCUAUUGAAAGUGCAGAAAGGUCCUUGCGCACAAUGCAGUUCGUGUGCGGUAAUAGCCGGAGCAUGCUCCUGGCCGUACUCCUGCCUUCCUUGCUGGCACUUACUCUGGUGGCUGCGGUGCCAGCCUCUGUCUUAGCCCAGAAUACCGAGCUCUCGACGCAGCAGCAGCAACAGCAACAGCAUGAGGAUCAAGCAGCAGAGAAAAAAGCCGAGGACGCUACAGUUCCACCGGCAGACAAGAAAUCAAGUCCGGAAAUUGUGCCCGCUUCCUUCAGCAAUGCGCCACCAGCGAAGAGCCUGGCCAAGAACAACCACAACAACAACCAGCAGCAGCGCCAGCCAGUGCCCGAGCAACAACAAGCGGGCAUUUAUGCUUUGCCCACAAACGAAGAGAUUUUGGCAGCGGUCGCAUCUGCCGCCCAAAACAACCAGUUCCAGGAAGAGGCUUCUGCAGCGGCAGCGGCAGCGGCAGCAGAGGAUGUCGGCAGCACUACGCUGCGCAAAAGGGGCGUCAACUACGACUAUAAUCCUUAUGCGGCUAACGACUACGGUCCCUAUAGCGCUCCUGGCUAUGGUAGCAAUGUGCCCAAUGGCGUUUGGGCCAACGACUACGAGCCAACUGCUACUUACAACGAGAACGACCUGCAGGAUCUGGAUGACUAUGUGCCAGAGCGACAUGUGAGUAAUGGUAAUGGGCGCAACAAGGCUUACGACAAUCUGCAGAAUCUGCUCAAUGCCGAGGCCUAUCUAGAGAGCAUUCCAUUGUCGGUGCCUCUGCAGUACGCCAAUCGCAACUACGGACUGGCCGAUGACCGAAACAAGCGCGGCAUUUAUUACAACAUGGACAACGCGGGCGAGAAUUUGAAUAAAUUUCGACGCUAUGGUGACCUACGGCUAAAGCGGGACACCACCAAGCUGACACCAGCCGAUAUGUUGGCACUGGUGGCACUAGUCGAGGCGGGUGAGCGGGCGAGGAAGGAGACCGAUGCGGACAAUGCGGCUGCAGUGGGCGCUGCGGAGCCAUACGGGCCCAAGACCUACGAGAACGAGGAUCUGGACUAUGUAGGCAAUGUUGGAGUGCCGCCAGGCAAUUGGCUCGAUGCACCUGCCUUGGUGGACUACUAUGGCAUGCCCGUGAAUGUGGAGACGAUGCCCAAAUAUGAGUAUUUGCCGCGUCAGCACAAGUACGGCAAUGGCAUUAAUCGGUUUGGAUCCUCCAAGCGUUACAUGGUGAAGAAGAAGCGUUCGAUAAGCCCAUUGAUGAACGAGCCUAUGGCUGAUCGUGGAUCCAGCUACAAUGGUGAAAAGUAUUAUUAAGCCCAGCAUUGCGACGGCAGCUCUGCGACAUUUUUGAAACAUUCUCAUGGGCUUGAAGCUUAAAUAAAGUUGCCAUGCUUAUUAUAAAUAACCACCACACCAUACGGAGCCCCCGAAAAGUUUUGAUUUCCGUGCUAUUAGUUUCGUUAUUGAUUAUAAGGAUAAAAGCAAAUCAAUUAAUCAACCAAUCAUGUGCAAUUUAUGCGUAGAACUUGAAUUUUGAAAUCUUAAACGAAAACCAAUUCCAAAAAUUUAAAUAUUGUUAUAUACAAAUAUGAUAACAUAUGUCUAAGCAUACCUAUUAUGAUGUAUAUUGUAUGUACUUAUUUUAUGUCGAAACAUAAUCAAAAGUCAAUGUUUCUAAAACACUGGACAGGGUUUUGCGAUUUUGUAAAAAACAACUGGCACCCCAACCACCAACCAACCCAUCAUAAUCUCACGAAUUCAAUAUACAACGUGAACAACCUACACUAUCAGUAAAUACCUAUAUAAUAAUAAUAAUAAUAAUAAUACCUACAUAUACUAUAUAUGUAAAACUAGAGGCUUCCCGAGUAGUACAAAACAAAACAAAAGAAACUAAUUGAAAGAAAAAAGUGGAAAAACUUAAAGAAUCAUAAGGUAACUAACUAAUGCGAUAAUUCAACCGAGCUCAGUUCACGCUGGAACUACAAACACGAGAAAUGUCUGCUAUUUUGCUUUAAUUUUUAAAACAAUCGGAACUAAAAACACUGUGCAGCAGAGCAAGCAACAACUUUUAUAUAGUCAUGCGCCGAUUCGAGAAUAUUUGAUGACGCCUAUUUUAAAUGCUAUAUAUAAACGUAAACACAAAUAUCUACUUAUACUACAUACUUGCAUAUACAUAUAUGUAUGUGUAUCUGCAGCAACAUUAAAUAAUAUACUACAUUAUAAUGAAUAUAAAUAAAUGAAUAUAUGUAUGUAUACAAUACUAUAUAUGCGACUAUUUGUCAAGAACAAGUGGCUCAGCGCAUAAAUAUUUUAAAUAUUCUAUCGCGCAUCAUACAAAUUAAUCAAGAGGACGGACGGAGGAAAUUUAUUUGAAUGAAAAUUGUCUGACUGUUUUUUGGAAAAAAUAAAAUUUAUUAAUUAUUUAAUUUACUAAGAAUAUAAAUAUACAUAUACAAAUACAUACAUACAAACAUACUUAUACUAAAACGAAAGCGUUUAACAAACAUAUAUAGAUAAAUAGCGGAUAUGUGCGAUUAUAUGUGUGUAUACAAAGUAAAUAUAUAAACACUGGUAUAACUAUACAAUUUUGACAUACUACAAGUAUAUUUUGUAUUCCUUUCGACACGUCUACUUUAAACUGUCUCUAAUUUAUGGCAUUUAGGUUUUUAUAUAUGCUAUUAUUAAUUUGAAAUACAGCCAUUAACAUUUCUAAGUUGAUUUACAAUUCAAUAAAUAUGUCUUUGGUUUGAAAAACAACAA